UCAAAGUUUUCUGCAAAACGUCAAAAAUUUACACUCGGCCGCAGUGAAUGUUUACAUUUUUUCCAAGUCCGGAACGUUUUCACUGAUUUUAGCAGUAAUUUCCUUGCAAGAUGGACCAAACCCAGCUUGAACCAGAGGAUUUAAGUCUUAAACCUUCGACCCUCCCCGACGAUCUCGAUCCGUCGUUGGCAGCGGUGCCCGCUAUCGAGGAAGUAGCUACCCGAUACGCGGACCUGGAGAAUCUGCAGGGCGUCCCGUCGUGGAGUGACGUCCGGCCGAGCCCGGUCCGUGAGUGGCGCGAUGUCACGGGCGAAUUUUUCGACUGCGUCAAAGAGCUGCAGCUGGGCGAACUCAUCCACGACAACAUGUUCGGGCUGUUCGACGCAAUGUCCGCGAUCGAGAUGAUGGACCCGAAGAUGGACGCCGGGAUGUGCUGCAACAAGGAGGCAACCCCGCUGACCUUCCAGACGGCCGUUGAAACCUCCAAGAUGAAGCUGGCGAAUUUGGAGUGCCGCGAGACGAUCGGAAUCAUCGACGCCGUCUACUCGUGCACCGUGUCCUGGCUGGAAGGCCACUCGAUGGCGCAAACGGUGCUGACCUGCCUGUAUCUGCACCAUCCGAACCAGAUCGAGGACAAACCGAUGAGGGCUUUUGCUUGUGCCAUCCACAAGUUGGUCAACCUGAUUCGGAACUUUAUCCUGCGCGCUCGCGUCUACGAAGAGGAGGACUUCCAGCCGAGCACGUACGGGUACGAUCUGUGCUGCGAUCUAACGGAAACGAAGGCUUGCAACAUGCUGAAGAGCGCCGAGGAGGAUCUGGUUAGGAAGCUUAAGGACACCGAGGGCGAACGGGAAAAGGAAGAAGUUGGGGCGUUGCUGAGUCGACUCAAGUUCACCCGGCUGCUGCUGCAGUGUCUGGUGUCGCUGUAUCCGACCAAGCAAAGUUCUUCCUGGAAUUCCACCACGGUCACUGCCAACCCGGUAACUAACGUCUCGCCAAACAAAACGGAAAUGAUCGACAUCGUGAAAACGCUCAACGGAGCGCACGAGCUGACCCAGGUGAUGGAGAAGACCAUCGAGUACGGGACGCAACCGGAGCCGGACUCCGACACGCCCAACCCGAUGGGCUUCUCGAUGAUGGUGAACCAGCGGCUGCUGCCGCCGACCUUCCCGCGGUACACCAAGAUCAAGGAGCGCGCGACCUGCAUCCAGUACCUGGCCGAGCUGAUCCAGCGGCUGAAGCACGUGUGCAAGAUUGUACAUUGUACGAAUUAUCAUAGUGCGCUGGUGAGUAUUUUGUGUUAUACUUUUCCAUAUUGCAUUUUUUUCUCCAUAUUCUGGAAGUACCCCCAAGUGGCUAGGAAGGUUCAUAGAACAAGAGAUACAGGUCGUCAAAGUUGAGGUCUCAAAAAGUUC